UUUAUUUAACGUUCGAGUAAAACAUUUUUUGUAAUAUUUAAGAUUUCGAAAAUUAAAGCAUGUCAGUUAGACUUUCAAUGGUUUCGGGGAAAAAAACAACUAAAGUGCUAUUGAGAAUGAACUUUUGAUAUAUAUAUAUUUUUUUUUAUAGCACGUCUAUGUUUUCGUAUAACUUCAUCGAAUAAGUAUGGAAUCUCUGAUUAAUUGAAGGGAGGACAAAGUUGAGCUUCGCUGCGUUGCUUAUCGAGUUGAAGGUAAAAGCAUAUGAUCGCUUGUGAAAUUCGGAACGAACGUGUUCCGUAAAUAAUAAAGAAAACGAAGAAACCACACGAUGAUAAAUGGAGGAAGGACUUUAGAUGCUACAAAAAGUUACAAAAACAAUUGAUUGACUGUCGGAAAUAUUGGGAGGGGUCCCUAGCACCGGAAGUGCAUGCAAAUAAAUGGAAAAAAUCAAACGACGACACUGAGGCAAUCGUGAUUGCAAACGAGGAGGCUUGACGAGAUGAAGAAAGGGUCGAAAAGGGUGUGUGAUAAAAGCUGCAAUGCGUCAUUGAUGUGACGUUCUGUGCACUGAAUACUGACAAAAGGUUGAAAAAAAGUGCUCUCCGAGGAUAAAAAACUACGUCAAAAACCGAUCGAAAUGUCGAUCAAUGAAAAUCGAAAAUCCUGAUUGAGAUGAAGCAAAAUAAAUAUACUUGACAAAAAAAACUCCUGCUGAGAGUAUCACGAUGAACUAUCCGUUGCAAAGAUAGUUUUCUUCAUUAUAAUUCAUAUUACGACUUAUUGUUAAGACGAAAAACUCGCGAACAUGGGAAAAUUUUAAAAACGCGAAAACCCUCACGAUAUAAGAAGACGAAGAAGAAGAAGCAAAAAACGGAAAUUUACCGAAAGAAAAAAAAAUUAUAAAAUUAACGAAAUCGUAAAUUAACUAUAAAAAGUACUCGCGUAAAAGCCUGCAGUAGCACCAACCACCUCUUCCUAUUAUGAAAACGAGAAUGCAAACGAACAAAAUAUGCAGAACAAUGCAUAGUCUGUAAAUCGUUCAUCAUCAAUAUACACAAACACAGAGAAAAAAAACACGUUCACCGUCACUCUAGGGGUGCGACACACACAUACACACAUAAGACAAGACACAAACACACUGCUGAUAAGAAAAAAAAAACAACAAUUAGUACGAAAUACGCAAGAAGAUGAAAGAUUUAUUAUAGAUAGAAAACGCAUCGUGUCUAUUGGCUGCCAAGUGCCGAUUUAUUAACGGUUGGAUCUAGGUAUGAUUGAAAAUAUACUUAAAAAAAGAGGAAAAGAAAAAACAAUGAAAAAUGAAAAAAAAAAAUGAAAAAUUUUAAACCUAGUAUCGCGUAAUCUUGAAUAUUAUUAAUAAAAAGAUGAAAAGAAUUUAAAAAAAAAAUAAAAAUAAAAAAAAACAAAAAAAAAACAUUGCCGAGGCGAUAACCACGUGGGUUCCGAUGAUUCUGCUCGAACGGAACGUAGAAAAAUAAAUAAACAAGAAUGAACAGGGAACGUUGUCCCCGCCUGCCCGCUUUUGGGCUAUUACGAUUAAAUGUGAAAAAAAAAACAACAAAAAAGAUAAUUUGUCGAGGUGUUCUAUAUAUAUAUAUAUAUAUAUAUAUAUAUGUUUAUACAUAUAUAUAAAUAUAAAUAUGCAUAGAUUGCAAAUUGAGCUGUUCCGCGUGUAUCUUCGCCCGUGUGGUACACGCGAGUUCUAGGUUCCAUCUCCCUCGGAGGAAUGUCUGGAAGAUUUGCGGCUCUCGUCGUUAUUUUAUAUAUAUAUAUAUUCAUAUAUAUAUUUAUAUAUAUAUUAAUAUAAAUAUAUAUGACAUGAUCAUCGAUCUAUUCGCGCACUUGCCUGUGUUUAUUUAAUUCAGGAUGCGCCUUUAUGAUCCAUUUCGAUGAUGGAACAAAAAAUAUAUACUACUAUUGUUAUUAUUUACAGCCUAUUUUCAAAUUUCAUUUUAUGAUAACUGCGAUAUAGUAUGAUAUAUAUAUAUAUAUAAAUAUAUAUAUAUAAUUAUAAUCUUAAUGAUAAUGAUAUUAUAUGAUAUAUAACAAUGAAGCAAAUAAAUGAAUAUAAAUGUCAAUUUACGAUGAAUAUUUUUGUUCAUCAAUGCACUGCCAAAGCUACUGGGUUCGUUCGAUUUGGAUUUGGAACUCUUUUGAAAAGGAAGCACAUCGUUGAUAAUUUCCACUGUUCGAUAAAGUUUUGGGUUUUUUUUUAUCCAGGAAGAACUUUUCUAUCACACACACGCGCACACACGACGCGAAAAGAGGUAUUUUAGUAUCGACUGAGCGUGUUUCACAUAUAUAAUUUCUUACUAGAACUUGGAACAGGCGCCAUCUACCAAAUGAUGACAAACUUAGUUUGAUCCGCUGAACGGCAGCACUCGUAUCUGGUUCAAAAAAUGACCGUUUGAAUUUCAAACACCUGUUGAUUUUUAGCGUAUUGGCAAAGGUGUUGGAGCGGGAUGUUGUGAUAUAUUUUUUUUGCAUUAUUUGUUGACUUUGAAUAGUGCGGAUUGAGGAAUAAAUCAUGAGGUCAAUCAAAUAGUUAUUGAAUUUUGUUGGACGAAUUGGAGUUGUUUUUUACAUUCGAAUUUCGCAGCUGACAACUAACUCUUUGCUUCGAAUGUUAGUAAAUGACAUAAUAGGACUCGAAAUGAUAGUUUUGUGAUACCUAAUAAAAUCGUCUGCACGUGAAAAUGGCUUCGUGGAAUAAAGUUUCUUUAGGCUUCAAUGCCGACGAUGAAACUGUGAAUUUCGGAGCAAGGACAGUCGUCGAAAAUGGUGGGUCGAUUUUCGAGACUACGACGCUUGCUAUUGUCCAAUCUGAAGGAGAGGUCCAUGAAGAUCCAAGUGUUUCAGCGUCUGUUCAAUAUUCCAAACUUUGUGUUGCCAUUGAUAAGUCUGUAACCAUCUUCGCUGAUGAAACUUGCCAGGAGAUCGUCCUUAGUGUUGGCUUUGAUGCUCUCACAAAAACUUAUCGUAUGUCCAAGGAUGGCAAUUUCGUUUUCAUUGCUCUGGACAGCGGUGUUUUGCAUUGUUUGCAUAUUCCCAGUGGCGGCAAACAAGUUUUUUAUGAAAAUGUUAAUGAAGAAUUUGGUGACACAAUAGUGGAAAUAUUCCUACAAGAGGAGGAGUAUUAUGUGAAUGUUGUAAUCGUUGCUGUCAGUGGAGUCACUUAUGGCAUUGAAAAGUUGAAUACAACAUUGCUACAUUCUGCUCUUAUGCAGGAUAAUGAUGAGGAGCUCGAUAGUAUUGUGGAAAAUAUAAAAUUGAUCAAAAUUUUUGAAGGCACCAAAACUGUUGCGGCAGCGAGCAUCAAUUUGGAACGUCCUUUGGACGAAUUAUCGAUAAUAACUAUUGGAAACAGUAUUCAUUUGUGGCCGAGUAAUCGUUCCUGCUCUCACUCAAAUUCGUUCCAUUUUAGUUACAAGAAAGUUCAGUUUGUCGAUAAGUAUGGUGCAAUUGUUUGUCUGCGCGAUGAUGGUUUUUUGAGUGUCCUUUGUCCUGAAACGUUAUUAUCAGUGAAAAUAUGGCAUACUCCCAUUGUUGAUUUUGUCACUACACAAGAUGAUACCGACAAUCACUAUCAGUUGAUUGUCCUAACGGCUGCAGAAAAAAGUGCAGCAACAACCACCUUGAUGCUUCUUUCUUUUCCGGAUUUCGAGCGAAAAUUGGAAAUCUCAGUUCCUAGGACAACGUAUUUGGUCGAUCUUGUGGGCAGCUCUCUCGAGAAUAUAGUUUUUCUCGAAGGAAUCGUAAACGAUGAAACCAGACAAGUUGAUACGAUCAGAGUGAAAGCAAUUGUUGAGAACAAGCCAGAGUAUCGUUUGGAGAGAUUUCUAAGACGCGGACAAUUCAAAGAAGCAGAAUCAUUCGCUGAUAAAUUUGGUUUAAAUCUGGAUCCCGUGCAUGCGGCAAAAGCAGCCGCUUUCGUAACUCAACUCGGUCCGUGGUCAAACAGCGAAACAAACAACGCUGAAAUAUUUCAACUUUUCAUCGACACCUUGGAUAAAAUAAAUGACGUUAAAUAUGUUUACGAUUGUUGCAAUAAUGCUCUCACGUCGAAUUAUAAACAAACGCGACAACUUCUUUUGUACGCUCGUCAACGAAUCACUGAAACGAAUAUCCAGGAAUCCAAGGACCAUGAUUUCGUCUCUUUGCUAAAAACGCUCAAUUCGAAUUUGAAAAAACUCGAAACUUUUGAAUUUAUUCGCACAAUCAAAAAUGAGGCUGAACAGGAAGACUGUCGAAAUAUACAAGAAUGGAUCAAAUUUUCGAAGGUCGAUUUGUUACAGGAAUGCCUCGCAUUUCUGUCCCUCGGUGAAUUGGAAGUGGCAGCUGCGAUAUGGACGAGACAUUUGCCAGAAUUGACGCUGGUAAUGAAUUCGAGCAUAGUCAAGAAAAUUUUAGAUUCCAUUUCGGAUUCUACUCAUCCAUCUAACCUGAGACCAUGGCUCAGUCACUUUGUGCCUUCGGUUAUUUCCUUGCUACCAAGUGCUCUGCCCGAAAUCAUUCAAUGGGGUUACGAAAAAACGCGAUCUUUGGAAAAGUACAAUCGAAAAGAAUGGCCUCAGGUUGGUUUGGAUUUCGCUCAUCAUUUGGUCGAUCUUUUCACUGUUCGAGAAUCGCAUAUAUCGUUUAAUUGUAAUCAACAAUACAUGAGCAGAGGUUCCGAUCUUCAUCGACUUAUGGCUCUUGUUCGAGCUAUUACCGAGUUAUUGGAACUCAAAACCCAGCACAGAAUUGUACUGCCCCUGCAAAUUUAUCUCGGCGAUCCGAUGAUCGUUGUGCAUCAGCUGCUCGACAAGGCCCUCGUGGAAGCAAUACCACGGCUCAUCGAAACAUUUUUGGAACAGUACAUCCGGACCAAUUCACUAAAGAACGAUCAAGUCUUUUGUUCCUACGUGCAGUCGACGUUGAAAAAUUCAAAGAGUUGGUGGUUCUGGGAAAAAGCGCCAUGGGAGGAGAGAAUCGCAACUGUUAUCAAACACAUACAAGAUGUUCAGAAUCGACUUCAACAAACGGUUGACGUACUCGGAAAAUCUCCGGUACCUUGGAGCCCUACGAUUAUUGCGCUAGCGGAGGCAGCCUCCGAUUUCGAUCACCCUCUUGCAUCGAAAAUUCGUGCGGAAAGAAACAGAGUCACUAUCAAAUUGAUCCUAAAAAAGUAUGGUUACGCCCAGAUCGGAUUAUGCACGAAGUUAUUUCGAUAUAUAAUAAAACAAGAUCGAAAGGAUAUGAUCGAUGAUAUUUGCGAGCUCACCAAAUCAGAUAAUCAUAUGAAAACAGAAGCAUUCACCUUUUGCAUCAAUCAUCUCUUAAAAUUGGGUCACAUCGAUCGAGCUUUGGAAGUUUUGCGCAACCUUGAUGAUCAAACACGUCAGCAAUGUUGUCAACAAGUAAUUUGUGUUAUCAAAACCCAACUGCAUUCCAAGGAGAGAGAUGCUUGGUUGACCAAUUACAUGGAGGCUCUGGGACCGAUCGGGAACCAACUUUGCGAAGUGCUUUCUCAACAAAAUAACGUACCCAUUGACUCAAACGAUUUUUUGCGAGAUAUACCAGUUUUGAAACGCAUCAAUAAGCUGCGUGAAAAAUUCAACGUCUGGGUAACUUUCGAUGAUUUUUAUGCGUCGAAGAAUCUCGCGUUGAAAAAUUAUAUCAAUCAGGUGGUUUCUGAUUUGAAAAAUGAGGAAAAAUCAGUGCUCAGAUGCUGUCAGAAUCUGGAGAAAGUUUCAAGUCUUCUCGGUCUUCCUUCUCUUCAAUCUUUGCUCAUGUUUUUCAAUGAAACUAAAAACAAGGCGAUACUGAAACAUUCCAUAACUCGGAUGUAUGAAAGUGGAAUUAUGUCGGAGGACGAUAGCUUUUACCUGAAGGAGUUAUGCAUGGCGUGGAUGACGAAUGCUGAUCGGGAUCCUAUAACUUCGAGACUCUUGUUGAAUGUCUGUGCCUCGAAUCUGGUCUCGGGUUAUGGCCAAUCAGCCAACUAUAUGGAAGCUAUAAGUUGCCACAAUCAAGUAGCAGCAUAUGUAGAAGUCAUUGGUCAAGAAGAAGUUCCUUACCAAUCGGCGUUAGGAACGAAAGAUUCGGUAUGGAAUUUUGACGAGCAGAGUUACAGCUUGUAUUCAAUUUACGAGGAUGCUGCAAUUUCUUCAGGGAAUGAAUUAUCUUUGGGAUUAUUCAAAGAUUCAUCGAAAAUAAUACAAUUUUACGAAGAUACAGAAUGUUCGAGCGAUGAUCAACCGGAGAAGAAUGAUUCGAGUACCGAAUUAGAAAUCCAAUUAUUGGUCAAGGCUCAUAUGGAAAAAGCAAAGCACAUUCAGAACGAGCACCACAGUUAUGCUGCCUUGCGCAUUUCCAAAAAUUUACAUUAUUCGUUGAGUGCAUUUUCAUCGGUUGACGCUACAGUACUGACAGAGACACGAGCUGCAUUAUCGUCCUGUCUUUACACGCUCUUGAGAAAAAUCGUCAGUGCAAGAUCCCUCGACGUUUGUUUGGGUCUUUCCUGCCUCUUGAUGCUGACUGAAUCUGAAGCUAUUGAAUGGUUCAAAGUAGCAGGACGAUCCCUCCAAAGUGAUCUUCUCAGGCAUCGCGAAGUUGUUAAUUUAGGAUGCGAAUAUUAUCGCAUUAUCAAACGUGAAACUUUGUUUCACGAGUUGUAUAAUUUAGAUCGACAGAAAUUGUUGCAUCGUUGGUCUCGGAAGCUUACCGAAUACGGAAUUUCUUAUCAAGAAAUGUUUGCCAGUGAUAUGGAACAAAAACGCAGUAUCCUGGAGCGAAUCAUGCACUUGAAGUCAUCCCCUUUAAUUUCUUUGCUCGAAGAUUUUUGCGACGAUUUUGGUUUCAACAAAGACGAAUGCUUUUUACUGUAUCUCGAAGUAUUAUUGAGCAGCUGGCAGCCACGAAUGAACUUCACAACUGUUAAUGGGAGAAAAGAAUUGAAGAUCGACGAAAACGACGUACGCAAUUUGAACGUAAAGUGUGGAGAAGUUGCAGCCAAAAUUCAAGACAAGGCUUUGCUAAAAAGCCAUCUAACGAAAUUGUCCCCGCAGGUGAAUUUUUAUCAUUACGAAGUCUUUCUUACGAUGAUCGAUCUCUGUGGGGAAAGGAAUGUCGAAAGGAUCGAACUCUUUUGCUUCUUGAAAAAUUACACGCGUUAUGGAUCUCCAACGGAAUUCGAACGGGAAGCAUGGGCUCUACUUUGUCACGAUAACAGUUCUCUACCACCGAUAUCACAAUGGAGAUUGCCAUUUUUGCCAAAAUGUGAUCAAUACAAACUCAUCAUUCCCGAAUUGAAUCUCAAAACGUACGAGCAAUGGUUGAGCAUAGCCCCAACGCUGAAGAUUCAGUCCCACGUUAUUUGUACAAUGUCGAUAAAGGGCUCGGUAACAGAAGCUUGGAAAAGUUACGUCAAUGAUGCGAGUCGUUCUCAAGUAUGGUCUUUGUAUCCGCUGAACAGCGGGUUGUUAAAAGACAUUAAAAAAUGUAUAAAACGAAUGGAAGGCCUCGACGGGUUGUACUAUGGAACAGCAGCAUUAUAUUUCGUUGUGAAUCACACGCCUCAAGGUGCUGAUCAAGUUGCUGCGGCCCAGGCGUGUUUCGCUUCCGCCCAACUUUGGGAAGAGCGUUCCGAAUUUUUGGAUGAAAGUGACGAAAGAAUGAUCGCCAAAGUCAAGGACAAAUAUCUGCGAUUGACGUCCAAACAUAUUCUCCAUAUUCAUGGAGUCGGUGAUGACAAAUAUACGAAACUCAUCGGUCAACCAGAAAAGUUGAUACGCGAGCUUUACAAUGAUGAGAGCAUACCAGAGCGAUUCAAAGGCGCAAUACAACACAGGCCCGACAUAAAUGCAGCUGCAGACGCGUUAGGACGAUUAUUCUCUUUCAACAUGACCACGAUGCGUUAUAAUUUUCUACUUGAAUGGCUACGCUUCAAUGUAUGGAAGGACAAACAUAAUGAGAGCAUGACAAUGGGAUUUGGAAAUUCGAUACCAGUUGUUGAGGAUGAUCGUACCGAAGAGAAUAAUUUGUUGCGGGCUUGUUAUAUUCUCGAAUCAGAAGAUUCGAAAUUGCACGUUGGAUUUUUAAUAAACGUUGCUUUUGCCACCGAAAACGGAGACGACGGAUAUGGAGCAGGUUUUCGUUUUCGCGCUCUACGAGUACUUCAGUCGAUUGUAGACGAAAAUGAGUUACAGGAUCUUACUAAGCACGAUCCCAAGAGCCUACGGGAAUACAUGAAAUCUUUGCGGUAUCUCGACGAAUUGGAGCGUUUGGGUUUAGCUUACACUCUCACCAGUUUUGAAAAUUACUGCAAACGUACAUUGGCACAAAUACUCCUAAAAAAUCUGAAUUAUGUGCCUCGAGCUCUGAGUUUGAUUAUACAGAUUUGUAUAGAUUACAACGUUCACGAUCACUUGCUGUUGGACGCGACGUUGGAACGAAUGGUCAAGCUGUCAAUGGUGGAAGAAUUGGAAAAAUUUUUACCGAUCAUAGGAACUAUGACGAUGAUAAGCGGCUCCGGUUACACAGCCGGUUGGCAAUUAAUUGUUGCAACUCCGUUUAUGAGACUCGGUCCUCGACCUACUCCGGAACAAUUUUCAGAUUGUGUUCGAUUAUUGAGACUCUUGCAUGCAUGUCCAGUCAUAUCGAAGCUGGAUUUUAAAGAAAUAAUCAGUCAAUGCUUUCACUGUUCAGGAGCAGUGCAUUUUGCAGCUGCUCUUUUGCCAUUUCUCCCAGAAAACGAUCAACAUUACGUUAUGGAGAGAUUUAAAACUGUACCUAAUCUCACAAAUGUCAUUGACCGCUUAAUUGAGCUGUCAUCUCUAGGAAUAUUGGUCACCUCACAAACUUUCGUUACAUUGAAAGCCAUUUCGGCAGAUGGUUUAGAGUGAACGAAGCGCAAUAAAACGGUCAACACAACUUUACAGUAUAAUCGUAAAUCUGAUCUCUGGUAAAAUGGUAAAUGAUUAAUUUUCAGCAGCUGUUAUUCCUUUUAUAUUGAUACUGUUACAUGUACAUAAAUAUUCAUAUAAGAAUAUUAAGAGACCUGGCCGCCUCUAUCAGCAAGCAUUGAAAUACAUAUUUUUGUACAAUGA